AUGGCGAAUUCGUAUCCCGACGUAGGCCCCACAAAGUUGCCUCCGCCUUCUCUAUCAUCGGUAUCCACCAGAAGGUCCCGCUCAUCUAGUCCACGCAAGCCGAGCGAAUCCACCUACCGAGCACGUACCCUUUUCCGUGCCAGAAUCUAUGUUGAUGCGAAGGCACCUCAAAGGACUUUAGCAGCCAAACUCCAAUCUCAGUCAAUGGAGUGGGCGGCCACUCAAGCCGGUGAAGCCGAGUGGGCUGAGUCCAUACACGAGGCUCUGAACGGCCUGAAGUCAUCACAUCUAGUAAUUGCGCGAAAUAGGGAUUGGAUAUCCGAUAUCAAACCCAUCGUCCAUCAACCAUUGAUUCCCCAGUCUUCUGUCCCUAGGAAACGGCUUACCGAGCAAAACAGGCCUGGCGAGUCUGACAGCUCUCGACCGGGCAUGAACCUGGAAAGUUCGUCUUCGUUUCCAUCAAUCCAGCCCGCAGCUGCACCGACUCUCCGCAGAGACACAGCUCUAUCAGUGUCAUCUGAGCAAACGCCCUCAACGCCUUUCUUCCUUAAGGAUCCCCGUCCCGACAUCUCCCUGGGGCUAUCGGAUGGAACCCUUGCAACAGAACUGCAUUCGGCGGGGGUCGCAAAUGCAGAUUUCCUGUUGAACGACCUCCAGGAUACCGGUGAGCUUAUCAGCGAUCCCGGUGUGACCCCACUGAGCUUACGGUUUCCAUUCCUCCUCGUCGAGGCGAAGUCGGGUGCAACCGGCGGAAAUCUCUAUCAAGCACAGAACCAAGCAGCAGUGGGUGGUGCCUCGGCCGUGAAUAUUCAAAAAGCUCUCUUUGGGGCUGCUGAUGGGCCGCAGCUCGAAACACGAGGCCCUCAGCUAGGGGGGUCUCUAAGUCCGAUGUCCCUCUGUUUCUCCGUCACCACGGAAGGGCCUGUCUGUGAACUGUGGGCUCAUUUCUGGGAUGAAACGAAGAGCAGCUAUGGUAUGGCCAACAUUGGCAUCUGGCGGACGACACAAGAGGAUAGUGCAUUUGAUCUGAUCUCGAAAAUUUCAAGCAUCUUGAAUUGGGGCUCAACAGCCUUCCAAGAUGACAUAGUCAAAAGCCUGAUGCUCUGA